ACCAGGCUAAGCAGACAGUGACUGUGAAAUUGAUCGAGUAUGUGCACACUGGGCGAGUUUUGCUAAGAAAUUGGAAAUGGCGAUGUUUUCCUGAGGUUCUUAAACUGGGUGCAUUGGCAGAUGGUGGUGAUAGAACAAGGGAGAAUGGUAUUGGUCCCCAUCGGUUCACAAUAUCUGGUGGAAGGCUGGCAUUAUACCAGGUUUAACUAAGGAAUCAAUGGCAGAGUGUUGGAUGCUGGCUGUUCCUUGAGCUGCUGGUGAGGGUGUCCCAGCAGAGUCUCACUAUAAAAGGGAGCAACUUGCACACCUCAGGACUGUUGCGCCAGGACAAGACCAUCUGAAUUACGGAAGACCACAAGCCUCAUUUUGAACCUCCCAAUUUUGUGCCACAGUACGACAGUUCUAGUUCCAUAUGGCUAUGUAUGAUGAGGACAUUCUGAAAAACUCUUUCUAUCUUGCAUUUCAAAAACAGCGCCCAGAUCUAUGCAGUAAAGUGGCAGAAUUCCAUGGCAUUGUCCUAGUACCUUGCAGAGGCAGCCUGACCAGUGACAGCUAUCCAGCAGCCCAGUUUGAAGCCUAUGUACUGAAGCCUGUGGAUGGAGGUUAUCAGACUUUAAAUGGAAAGGAAGUCUGUAUUCAAGACAACUUGAUAAAACUGGGAGCAGGCUUUACCACUCCAUGUACAGUUCCAAUUCUUUUUGAAGAAACCUUUUACAAUGAAAAGGAACAGAGCUAUAUUGUGCUCUGUGUAGCUCGGCCGAUUGAAACAGAGUUCUGUGCAGUUGAACCAGCCCCACAGUUAGUAUCUUAUUGCUUAAAGAAUGUGGAAGAUGUCAAGGAGGUCUUGGGUAGGCACACAGAAAAACUGGACAAGUUCAUUACAGCCUUCUGUGGAACAUUCAAAGAGCAUGAAAGAAAAGGCUUACGACAUCACAUAGACCUCGUGAAUGCACUUUACACAAAAUGUCUUCAGUGUUUGCUGAGAGACUCACGGCUAAAAGUCCUUGCUAAACAGGAGCUUCAAAUGAACUUGAUUAAGCAGUCUGUUGAAAUUUACAUACACCAUGGCAUCUAUGAUUUAAUAUUUAAGUAUAUUGGAAGUAUUGAAGCCAGCCAGGAUGCUGCAUUUAACAAAACUACAAGAAGUCUACAAGACCUCCAACAAAAAGAAUUGGGUGUCAAGUCAGAAUUCAGCAUCAAUAUACCUCGUGCCAAACAUGAGCUGAGUCAGCUGAACCGUUGCACCUCCCCGCAGCACAAGCUCACCUGCCUUCGGAAGGUAGUGAACACCAUCAUGCAGGUGCCAAGCCAAAGAGUUAACAUUGAAGGCAUGUGUGCCGAUGAUCUUCUGUCUGUCCUCCUGUAUCUGCUAGUGAAGACAGAAAUACCCAACUGGAUGGCCAAUCUUAGUUACAUCAAGAACUUUCGAUUUUGCAACUCCGCGAAAGAUGAUCUUGGGUACUGUCUCACCUCAUUUGAGGCUGCAGUGGAGUUCAUCCGCCAAGGCAACCUCUCCGCUGGACACAUGGUGUCUGGAAAUGUAAAUGACAGCAUGUUCUUCAGACAGAAAAUGAAUCUGCUGUCUCAGAAUGCUGCUACCGCGAUUGACUGUCUGUUUGAGCACAUCGCCAGCGGUAAUGUGGGCGAAGUGGAAAAACUGUUGAGUGAGGGAGAAAACGAAGAGGAAAGUAUUCCAAUGUGCCAUCCCCUGUGCUCCUGCGACACCUGCGAGAAGCAAUUAUCUGUCAGACUGAAUGACCCGUCCAUUGUCUCUCCGUUCUCUAGAGAUGAUCGAGGGUACACGCCACUCCAUAUUGCUGCUAUCUAUGGUCAAUCAUCAUUAAUAGAUCUGCUUGUUGCAAAGGGAGCUGUUGUGAAUGCAACAGACUAUCAUGCUUUAACUCCUCUGCACCUGUCCUGCCAAAAAGGGUACCAAAGCGGGACAUUGCUGCUGUUACACUACAAAGCCAGCACCAAUGUACAGGAUAACAAUGGCAACACUCCGCUCCAUUUGGCCUGCAUGUACGGGCAUGAAGAUUGCGUGAAGGCGCUGGUGUACUAUGACGUACACUCCUGCAGACUGGACAUUCAGAAUGAUAAAGGAGACACUCCCCUCCACAUUGCAGCUCGCUGGGGCUAUGAAGGAGUCAUUGAGGUGCUGCUGGAGAAUGGAGCCAGUACUGAUAUUCCCAACAAGGCAAAAGAGACUCCGUUUCAGUGUGCGCUCAACUCCAAGUCUCCUGGAAGAUCUCCUCAGCCCUCCACAGAUACAUGCAGCCGGAGGUCAUCCGUGUCAAGCGUGUCCUCGCUGUCCACAGACAUCAAGCAUGAGAAUGAGAAAGGAAAACACAAGGAGGUGGAGAAACUGCUGAGGGCUAUUGCUGACGGAGAUGUGGAGAUGGUGCGUUACCUAUUAGAAUGGCUGGAUCAUUAUCCUGAAGAGGCGGCAGAGGUGGUAGAGGACGUGGAGGAUGCCGACCCGGGGCUAAAGUCCAAGUUUUGUCACCCGUUGUGUCAGUGCCCAGAAUGUGAACCCGCACAGAAGAAGCUGGCCAGUGUGCGGGUGAGCGGUCUGGGAGUGAACAUCAGUAACCAGGACGGUUUCACUCCGCUGCAUGUGGCGGCUCUUCACGGACACGCUCCCUUGGUCUCCUUGCUCAUUGGGAACGGAGCCAACAUCAACGCUCAGAACGCUCAGAAUGCCACACCACUGCACCUGGCCUGCCAGAACAGCCACCUGCAAGUGGUGACAUCCUUACUUGAAUGCAAUGCUAAAUUAAACAAGAAGGACCACUUUGGAAAUACACCCUUAAUUCAUGCGUGCCUGAGGGGACACCUGGAGACAGCCAAGGUGUUGCUGGAGAGUGGAGCGUCGCUGAAUGUUGCCAACAAUCAGGGGAGCACAGCUCUGCACGAGGCAGUGAAGGGAAGCCACCGCCCCCUGGUGGAGCUGCUGCUGCAGUGCGGGGCGUCGCCGCACGUGAGGAACAAGUGGCUGCGGACUCCACUAGACUGUGCCGAGCAGAUGUGUGGCAGGAACACUGAGAUUGUGAGGAUUCUGCAGAAUGCCCCGGGGUGCACAGGAGUUGAUGGCACACUGCCACUCAAAACACCUGCAAAAGAAAUGUCUGGGGAAGUACGGAAAUCUCCAGCUUCUGGAAAGCAACUUAAAGCACUUGACGACCCCAGCAGAAGACUUGUCCAGUCAAUUAAUGGAACACACCAUUUAAGGAAACCAAGUGAGAAACGUGUUCCCCGCUUUGACACUGCCCUGCUCCAUCGGUUGGCAGUAAAGAAGUCCGACAAAACGAAGCUGAGACGUGCCGAGACUAUAGAUCGACUCUUUACAGUGACCGCUGAAACCAAAGGGGAAGUGACACGAAACACUAAGGUUGCCAGCGCUCGGAGUCUGAGUCGCUGCAACACGACCACUGAGGAACGCAUACCUGACAGCGCAGGGGGAAACUGCGUGGAGCCGGAAGACUUCUUUGACUCUCCACAUAAGGUCAACGGGCACACAAACACGUGCAACCGCACACACAACACAAGCCAGAGAAUGAACUGUGCUGAAAUAAUGCCACGGGAAAUGAAAGAACUACCUCUGAAAAGUGAGCCGGGGAGCCUUUCUGAAGAAGACUCCAGUGAGGAGCAAUCCUUAUCGUCUCUUGUGAGCCUUCCCUCUCAGCAAGACUGUAAUACAGAGCAGGCAGCAGAUCUCCAAGGGACAAGCCACUAAAGAACAGGAACUCCGCUGGAUUUGACCCAGCAAGCAAACUACCAUUUAAUGUCAAGGACUAGAGAGCGAAUUUUCAAUAGGUAAUUAAGUAUCCAUUUCAUGGGUAAUCACAACGCUUAAAGUGAUUGUAGCCAACACAAUAAUUCCAUAAAUGAAUGUUGUACAAUUCAAUUCUCUACGUCGCGUCGGUUUUGAAAGCAAUGUCUGUUCUGGAAACAUGUAUUUUCAUUUUAAAAAAUAAUAUCUGGUAAUAUAUACUAUGUUAAAGGGAGUUCUUUUCAGCUGGUCUUUCACAUUGUUGGUCAUUUCACCUGGCGCGUAUCCUCCACCUCUUAAAUACUUUUAUUCCUGUCAUUAACCAACCAGGUGCUUGCUCUAAUGACUGACAUGUUUGACCUAGAAGGAGGUGAAGUGACCAAGGAAAUGAAGCACUUCCUGAGAGCAAGAUGUGCAACAUUUUCUUUAGUAUACCAGAUAUAUUUUGUUGAUCAUGAAAAUACAUGUAAUAUAUCAUAUUUCAAUAGCUAUAAUCUCUUUUUAAAUAACUACUUGAUCAUACUAUAAUUACAUAAUUGAAAAUACAAAAUGAAGUAUACUUUGACAGUGAUGUGCUGGUGAGUGGAGUUAUUUUUCUGCAGAGGUCUGCAGUGUUAAUGAAUUAUUAAAGUUUGAUAUUAAUUUAACAACAGUCUUGAAAAGGUUACGAUGAAUGUCACAUUGUAUUUCAUUAAUCAAAACCAACUCAUGGUAUGGCUGUAUGUUGUUUGGCUAAACAAGGUGUGGAAUAAUAAAGAUAUUAUUUAUAUAGAAACUGGUGAAAUAUAAAUUGUGUACAACUCAAAGCACUUUUUCGUCUGAAUAUGGAGCCUCAGAAAAGGGAUGUUCAUAUUCCUAGUGUGGGAUCAUGAUCAUCUUCUGGUCAUUGCUCCCCGUACCAGCAAUAGGAUUUGGUACCACUAUGUAAAAGAGAAAAAAAAGAAAGUCGAAUUGUGGAAUUUAUUAAGCUAAAAUGUAGGUUCAAGUAGAAAAUACAAAGCCCCCCCCCCCCCCCCAC